AUGCCCGCCACCAUGCACAUCGCAUCCUCCCCCGCGAGACCUAGAUCAGGGGGAAACUGGCAACGGUCAGAAGAUGAUUUACCACCGGCACUUGCUUCAAAGGCAAUCGACUUGAAUAGCUCGACCAGAUCAACAGACAGGGAUACCGGUGCGAAGAUCACCAAAAGAGCGUUCCUAUGUGACGUCGUAGUAGAGAGAGAGGGUGAAGAAACCGCCAAUUUGCUUGCUCACCUUGGAGAGCCUCUCAAACCUCUUUCAACUCUUCCCCUUCCCGUGUCUACCAACGGCACCACAUCUUCGCGCCUGUCCCUCCCUCCGGAUCCCGAAGACACUGAUGCUUGUCCACUAUGGUCCGGGUCCAAAAAAGAAGAAAUGUCAAACCGCCUGAACAAUCUUAUUGAGGAACUUAGUUACGCCGACCGGUUACGGCUCUUCUCUCGUGACCCCAAUCAACAAUUAAUCCCUCCCUACGAAGCCAAAGCAAUGUUCGCCAAUAUUGAAGCGAUAGUACCAGCUUCGGCAGCUUUCUUGACCGAUCUCGACGCGAUGUUCCAAAGCGGACAAGCAGAUAAUAUGUUGAAAACCUUACGAACGUUUGACCCAUACCGAACAUACUUGAGUAAACAAGAUGAAUCACAAAAGCUUUUCCAAGAGUCAGCUAGGAAAUUUCCAGGAUUCGUCAGCUUCAUAGAGAGCACAAAAUAUCAAACGACAGGGAUUGGCAAUAUAGGUCUGCGAGAGCUUCUGAUGGAGCCUGUUCAAAGAAUACCGAGAUAUACCCUCCUUUGGCAAACCACCGCGAUCGCUUCGAGAAUUGCAAGAUGUGAACCAGAUCCUCAAACAGUCCGGGCGACGGUGAUGUACCAGUUGGAAAGAAAUAUCGACGACUUUCCGGCCAAACUGUUCAGCAAUAAUCGAGACUAUAUCGACGCUAUUGACGUUGAGGACCUUCCUGCGGAAUAUCCUACAACCUCUUCACCACCUUCUCGACCUAUGUCCACAUUAGGUUCUCGUCCCUUGUCAUCCAGCUCCAACCCCUCCAUGGCUUCGUUUGGAUCGCUUACCUCACAAUCACCUCCUACAAUCCAUUCAGCUGUAACACCUCUGCAUUGCACACUCUUCCUUUUCGACGACAAGCUGAUGAUCGUCAAACGCCAAUCGAGCUCGAUCAGUGGGCGGAAGGUCACGGGAACUGACGAUGUGCAAAAGCUUGUCAGAGGAGUAGCGGCGAUAGACAAGAAUGGUGGCAAGAAAGACAAACUCAGUUUCCGUGGCGUUGUUGAUGUUCUCGAUGUCAUUGCGUCUGAUGUUGGGGACGCAGCUCUAGCGAGAUCCAAACUACUACCUAAGGAUCACCGCAGUGCUCCUCGGGUUCUGGUCAAAGAAAAUGAGAUCCCACUGGACAAGGCAGGAGAUCCCACUGGCAGAGCCAAGUGCUAUUGGAACGUGUGGGAUAGGAACGGGUGGUCAGACAGUCACAAGUUCACAAGUACGGCAUUUUCAAGUUCAGAACUGGAACUACCUCUUGUUCAACAACACCUUCUGCCACCUCACACCGUUUACGCCCGUCCAUGCUGA